UUUGUGCCGACAAAUGACAAUAGCAUUAAUGCAUAUAUUGCUUUUAAAGAAUUGAAGAGAAAGAAAUAUAUUCUUCCUGAAAAAAUUGAAUCAUUUUAUAAUAAAUACUAAUUUGAUAAAAAUACUUGCAGUUUACAUGAAUAUUAAGGAAAAUGCAAGCAGAACUUUCAACGCCUGAGUUAAUGGUUUGUCAGGCAUUGCGUGCUGCUACAGAUCAAAGCCAUGAAGUUGUUCGUAAUGCUGAGGUACAAUUAGCUGAAUGGGAGGUGCAAUCUGGCUUCUUUUUAACAAUAGCUAGAAUUUGCUUGCAUCCGCAGUAUGCUCAAGUUGAUGCUAAAGCUCGUUGGAUGGCUGCUGUUUAUUUAAAAAAUGGUAUAAAUAAAUACUGGCGGCGUAAUGUGAAAAAUGAGAUAAAUACAGAUGAAAGACAACAAAUACGGGAGCUACUCUUGACCUAUGCAUCAUCAGAGGAAACUCCUCAAAUAGCAUUACAACUAGCAGUGCUAACAGGCCGUAUAGCACGCUUUGAUUGUCCGAAGGAAUGGCCAGAACUAAUUCCAGAGUUAUUAAAAAAUUUACAAUUGAGUGGUUCUAAUGCUGAGGAACAACAAAGGCAAUUAUUACUGUUUCAUCAUGUGAUAAAAGCUCUUGCUUCUCGGCGAAUGAUGGCAGAAAAACGAAUAUUUCAAGAAUUAACUGUAAACAUAUUCGAUUUUAUACGGGAAUUAUGGGAUGGUCUUUCCGCACUUUAUUUUCACAAUUUGAAAACAACUCCUGAAGCGGCUUUAUCAACACUACAACGUGCAACAUUAGCAUUACGAAUAUUGCGUAAACUUAGUGUUUAUGGUUAUUCUAAAACACAAAGAACGGAUCUUUGCUUACGAUUUAUUUCCCAGUUAUUUGAUUGCUUAAGACAGUCUUUACAAUGUCGUUAUGACCUUAAAAUUGUAGGAGCUGACAAUCAAUUGCUUAUUCUGAUGGAAAAGUUUAUUUUGAAACAAGUCAAAACCCUCACUGAAUUCCAAGAAUAUCAUGCUGGUUCAUUUGCGCGAUUUUUAGUCGUUGCAUUGGAAUUUACUUUUGAUCAUAUAUUCCAUACGGGUACACAGUUGAUAUUCACAAAUAACGUCAUUAAUUUUCAAAAUUUUGCCAUACAAUGUAUAAAUUUAAUGAAAGGUAUAAUGAGCUGUAAUGAGUACAAACGUGAUUGCUACGAAAAACUUGAUGAGAAACCACCACUCAAAUUAUGUGAUUUUUUUACAAAUGAACGGCUAUGCUAUAUGUGCGAAAAAAUAAUAACUCAUUAUUUUAUUUUAACCCGCGAGGAAUUGGAAAUGUGGGCUGAAGAUCCGGAAGGAUUUGCACAAAAUGACGGUGGCGAAAGUUGGAAAUAUGCCUUACGACCAGCAAUCGAUAAUCUCUAUCUAACCUGCUUUAACCAUUAUCAAGCACAAAUGACUGAAGAAGUUUGUAAAUAUAUACGCAAAGCACAGCAAAUACAAUUGACGGAGCAAUCUAAACUAGAAGAUAUUUUAUUAAAAGAUGCCAUUUACAAUGCCGCUGGACAGGCUUCGUUCCAUUUUUUCGGUGACGUUGAUUUCGAUACAUGGUUUAGUGGGCAACUUUUGAAUGAAUUACAAAUUGAGAACGAUAAUUUUCGAAUAUUACGUCGACGUAUAAUAUGGCUUCUAGCAGAGUGGACAAGUGUUAAAUUUUCUAGAGAUUUGCGACCGCUUGCAUAUGAGGCAUGCUUGCAUUUAUUGCGACCGAAUGAAGACAUGUCAAUACGUUUGGCUGCGUCCAGUGCAGUUUCGAACUUGAUUGGUGAUUUCGAAUUUAUGACAGAUGCUUUCUUACCAUAUUUGCAGCCAACUUUUAAUGCUCUUAUAGUUUUACUUCGUGAAGCAAGCGAAUGUGAAACAAAAAUGAAUGUACUCAAUGUUAUGUCAACCAUUAUUGAGAAAAUGGGUGAUGAAAUAGAAUUGCAAGCAGACAGUCUCAUUGGUUAUCUACCAAAGUUAUGGAAAGAAAGUGAUGACUUUAAUAUGUUGCGAUGUGCUAUACUUUCUACUCUCCAGCAAUUGGUAAAAGCAAUGCACUCCAUUCCUGAACAAUUGAAGCCUUUUUUGUAUGGCGUGAUACAAAUAAGUACUGACUUGCAGGGACCAUCGCAUGUAUACCUUAUGGAGGAAGGAUUGCAAUUAUGGGUUUCAGUAGUAGAAAAUAUGAAUAACAUGUCUCCAGAACUAAUGCUCUUAACGAAAAAUUUGUUACCAAUUAUUGAAAUGUCUUCGGAAAACUUACGUAUUGUCCUCAUAUUAAUACAGGCAUAUAUACUACUAGAUGCAAUUUCUUUUUUGGAACAGCACGGUAACCAAUUUAUAUCUUUUUGUAUGCGUAUGUUCGACGAUUUGCGUGCCGAAGGCAUCAUAUUAAUGUUGAAGGUAUUUGAAAUCUGUCUGAAAUGUGACGCUCAGUAUGGUUUGGUUCUUAUAAGACCAGCUCUGCCAUACAUAUUUAAACAGGUAUAUAUAAAUGAAGAUUUCCCAAUGCUCAUGGGGAUGUAUUUAACAAUAGUAGCACGCGUGCUGUUAAUUAGUCAAAAUGUAUUUUCCGCUGUAUUACAAGAAAUAAAAGAACCUGACGCGCUGGAAAAAAUAUUCGAUGUGUGGAUUGCUAAAAUGCCUCUGAUAACUGAGGUCGAAAAAAGUAAAUUGUUUUCACUGGCGUUCGGAUCGAUUUUUACAAACAAUCCAAUAUUACUUGAAAGAUUUCCAAGCAUGCUCCAGAAUAUUACUGAUACUAUUAUCGAAGUGAUGAGUACUGAUGACGAUAGUAUAGAAACCGAACAACCUCAAAAGUAUACCGACUCAUUGGUAUAUCUAGACGAACGUGAUAUUGACAGAAGUGACUACUUUCGGACGGAUCUUUUAGAUUCAGAAACGUAUCACUUUGGGCGUUGGCGACAGUUAGCUCUUAAAGAUCCAGUUCAUAAGAUUGUGCUCUCACAAUAUAUCGAACAUCAACUCAAUGGGUUGCGGGAGCAAUUAGGUAAUGAAAAUUAUCAACGAUUAAUGCAAAGAGUGUAUCCAGAAGUGCUACAAAAGUUGAGUGGUUUUAUAAAUUUAAAUUUGAAUUUUACUUUACUUGUCGAUUAGAAUAAAGGUACAAUAAACACCAAACAACAUUCAAGCAAUUCGAGUCAUAAUAUAGUUAAUUAAAACGAGCAAGAAAGGUAGUAUAUGAAUAUGCACUGAAACUAUUUGGAUUAUUUAAGCUAAGAAUAAACGAUUUAGUAAGUUUAAAAACUUAUAAGGAGCAUAAACUGGACAACCUCUUAAGUUUAAACGCUAACUUAU